UGGCUGACCCUCGUGGUGGUAAAUGAGAUUUCUUCUUUCCCAAAUCAUGUAAAGAAACGCAUUUUCCUCUCAAACAACAUCAUGAGAAACAAGCGUUAAGCGUGCAACACGCUACAAAAGCAGCCAACCGGCAGUCUUGCUCCAAAUAAUGCCUUCUUCUAACAUCAAACGCAAGAAAAAGCCGGGUCCAGUUAACAAUGCACCGAAUAACGGCGGCGGUGGAAACUUCACCGAGACAGCAAUGGACGAGUAUCUUGUUCGCUUGGACUUGUACAGAAAGCCGAUAGCCAAAGAUGGAUCCUGUCUCUUUAGAGCUGUUUCUGAGCAGGUUUACAACUGUCAAGCAAAACAUCUUCAAGUUCGCAAGGACUGCAUAGAUUUUAUGCGAAGAAACAGGGAUAAGUUUGAAGCAUUUUUGGAAGGACCAUUUGAUCAUCAUUUGUUUAGACUCCAAAACCCAAAGGAAUGGGCAGGCCAAGUUGAGAUAAGUGCUUUGUCCCUGAUGUACAAGAAAGACUUUGUUGUUUACCAAGACAUCAAUGCAGAACCAACAAAAGUGACUGACAACAACUUUAAAGACAAGAUUAUGCUCUGCUAUUCCAAUGGUAACCAUUAUGAUGCUGUGUACGAUGUGAAAUUCCAAAAGAAUGCAGCUAUGUGCCAAUCUUUGGUGUAUGAGAUUUUGUACCAGAAGGUGUUUGCAGAGCUUGACAGAAAAUACAAUUCCAGCAAAGGACCUAAACAGAAUCCUGCCAAUGAUGUGAAUAAUGUAAUGACAAACUAUUAUCAGAAUGGUCUGACAGAAGACGAGGCCUUCAAGGAGGACAGUGAGGACAACGCUGGUUGGACAGAGGUUGUCAGAGGCAGAUCCAGCAAAGCUAAGUCUGCUCGGCAGAACAGGGUUUAUGAUCAAGAGGAGCAAAAAGAAGAUCCAGUGAAACCAAAUCUGGAUCAGAAACAUGGAUGGCAAGCCAAAAGAUCCCUGGACAAUGAAUUGUACCGCAAUGUUGAGCUGGAAGUUUGGGAGGAUUCUAAGAAUGUUCAAGAACAGCAGGAUCAGUCCUAUGCGGCAAGUAUUCAGUACCAGCCCGGAGACAAAUGCUUUGCAUGGUUGGGACAGCCCGAUGUUGCAGACAAAGUAUAUGAGGCCAUUGUUAAGUAUUACCUUCCUGUCCAAGGCAAUAUUGAAGUGAAGAUCCCAGAGCUUGGAAAUAAAUGCUUUCUGAUUCCUCUUGAAAACUUGAAGCCCACUGAGAACCAGCAAGAGUUAAACUACAGAGAUUUGUCAGGCUUCUACAAGAAAUCUGAAGCUGGGGGAGGUCCCCCUACAAAUGAAGGGUUACGGGACGACGGUAAAAGGGGAAGAAGAAGAAAUAUGCCAGGAAGACCUCAAAGGGGUUACAAGGGCGAUGAACAUGGCGAGGACACAGCAGCUCGGAAGGGUUUCCAGGAUGAGUCCUUCCCUAGGCAAAGAACUGGCCCAGGACCACGUGACAAGUUUGGAAGGGGAAGAGGGCGUGGCCGCUAUUCCAGAGGACGAGACGAGAGACAGCUGCAGAGGGAAGAUGAGGAAGCUAAACAGAUUGCAGAACAAGCCAAGCUUGCAGAAUUACAAGGAAAAGAUCCAGCAGCUUUUCCAGCAUUGCCGACUCAACAGGCCGAAGAGAAGCCGUCCUCCACUGAAGCUGCACCUGAUCAAAGCCCUGCAGAAUUUUGGAGUCGUUUGAAAAACACUCAAGGAAAGCAACCGCCUGUCCCAUCCAAAGAAAACCACGUGAGCACAGCGGAGAACAAACCACCAAGCGUACCUACCUCACCAACCGAUCAACAGUCCCACACAGCCAAACCUGAAGAGAAAGAACCGGAAGCUAAAAAGGAAAAACCGCUGACCAAAGAGGUAAAAGCACCGGCAACUCCGAACAGUGAAGUCGAAUCUCUCGACGCAAGUAAUAACCAUGUUUCACCGGAAACGGGCAAAAAAGAGCAGAGCGAGUCUCAAAGACAGGCCUUGUUUGUAGAAAAGGAACAGUUGAAAGGGAAGGUGGAAUUAUCAAAGGGAGGUCAUCUGAAUGAGAUCAAACCAUCAGCACCAAAUGUGUCUUCCUCGGGUGAGGUGAAAGGCAUUUCUUCAAAGUCUAAUGUCGAGGAAGUAAAGUUUACGGAUGUUGUCGAGCCGAGAGGUGCUUGGGCGAAGGAAGCAUCCGAGAGUAAAGAACUUAAAACACAGGACAAAACUCCAGAAAAUAAUGUCAAAGAGAUGCAACCAGAAGUGAAGAAAUCAGAAGAGCCUCUUUCUGUCAAGCCGCAAGGUGUAAGAGGCGUGAUUCGUAUGACCAACCUCAACAGCAAGCCACAGCAGUCUGCGGACAGCCAAGAGCAGGAGGAGACACAAAAGGAAGAUAUAAAAUUGUUGAGGAAGGAGGAUUCGGUCACUAAGGAAGUACCAAACCUCAAAUCUGCUCUAGCUGGAGAAGGGACUUCAACUUCCUCUCCAGAGAAAAAGACUGUAACAUUUGCCGAGCCUGUUAAGGAAGGAGGCGAGAUUAAAGUGCUCGUGAGCACAGCGAAGGAUUUAGCUGGUAAAGAUGGAAAGAGGGAAGUGCUUGCUCCUCCAACACUAGUUUCAGUAGUGAUGAAGCCAGCUCCAGCUUUAGACACUGCACAAGACAAUUUGCCCAUUCCUCUUAUGCCAAGUAACAAACCAGACAAGAACACAAGCGAAGAUGACGUGACAAACGCCAAAAACUCCACUCCCACCCCCGAUCCAAACACUAAAUCACAGACCACCACCCUCACCCCCUCGGACAGCAGCCAAGGCAGCGAAGGAGCGGAAUCUGCCCCGUCUAGCUCCCCGUCAGUCACGCAGCACCAGACCGUGUAUCAGUUACCAUACCUUCCUGUGUUGUACACAACGCCUCCCAACAUGACCAAUCAUCCCCGCCUGCCUCAAGGAAUAUCUGUGGAAAGUGAUGGAUCUGAUCUGCCGGAAGAUCCGAAUACUCUUCGAUAUUUCUUCAAUCUUGGAUUCCAGUACCACGUGCAACUGAACAACCAGCAGUGGGCGAACCAGCAGAUGAUGUAUUAUCCAUCGAUGUACCAGAUGCCUUCCCAGGAUCACUUGCAACCUCAUCCUGCGGUGUCUAUGGGUCAGCAACUAUCUCCUGCAGUGCCGCAAAUGAUCUACCAGCAGCAGAUGCAGGCCUAUCACCCGGCUCAAAUCCCACCAGUAAUGCAAGACAACGCAAGUUUCACUGAGCGAAACUCGAUAGACAGGAGCAGUCCGGGUCUAACACAACAACAACAACAACAACAACCACAGCAGCAACAACAACAACAACAACCACAACAACAGCAGCCCAUCCCUCUACACCAGGCCCCACCGUUUGUGCCUAAUCAGCAUCAUCCCACGUGGCGGGCAGCGCGGUCGAUGACAGGGUACCAGGGCAAGAAUAUACACAUGGGCGGGUACAAUUCACAGGUGCCAAACCAGCAGACGCCUCGCGGUCCCAUGCAGCAAGGGGCCAGCAACUCUAAACCGCAUUACAAAAACAAAAAAUAUCAAAAACAUCGCAACGACCAGUUCCUGUACGGCGCGCAGUCUCAGCACGCCCAGAAUCAAGGCGCGCCCGUGCACAGCGCACACGCGUAUCCAAACGCCUCCCAGCCCACUGGAUCGUCUUCUAACGCGUUUUUUAUGACCGGCAGCGAGCACGCUGCUGGGAAAGGGUCUGGGGACUACUACCAUGGCAACCAGCAAUUUGUGAACUUUCAUGGAAACGUGUCAUCGAGCAUGACGCAAGCUCCGCACUCCGCUGCCAACUCGCGGGGACAGUAUCCGUAAAAUGGAUGGAUAUUUUAAUGACUCGAGUAAAGUCCAUUGUUUUGGACAAGGAAUGACUUGCGAUGGUAGCUGCAAAGCUAAAGGAAUCGAUUUGAAAUAGAAGUAACCGAGUACCUUGGACAGUUAAGCACAGAAAAAACAAGCUAACAAAAUCUUCGACAUUUUUGAGGCAAUUCGGAUGCAAUGCUAACGCAACGUGCUUGCCAUGUUGGUGCAAAAUGCUGCUGCUUUGUGGGUGCCAAAUAGGGUGGCUAAAUCCAUGCAAAAUAUGGUUCCUAUAUUGGCACAAUAUGGCGGCUGUAUUGGUGCAGUGUAUGCAAAGUACAGCUCUAGUAUUGGCGCAGUAUGGCUGCUUUACUGUCCAAGAUACUCGAUGUUUUUGUUAUGUUAAAGCGUGAUGUUCUUGUAGUAAUAGUAGUGUUCUGUGUCAGGAACUAGCUAAAUUAAAAUGUGACGUGACUUAGUAA